AUGGACAGCCAAGGGUCACCACGGAAAGCAGGGGCACUCCUGCUGCUGGUGGUGUGGAACCUGCUCUUCUGCCAGAAUGUGCACUCACUGCCAAUCUGUCCCAGUGGGGCUGCCAACUGCCAGGUGUCUCUCCGGGACCUGUUUGACCGGGUGGUCAUGCUGUCUCACUACAUCCAUAGUCUCUCUUCAGAAAUGUUCAUUGACUUUGACAAACGGUAUGCCCAGGGCCGCGGAUUCAUUGCCAAGGCCAUCAACAGCUGCCAUACUUCCUCUCUUGCUACUCCAGAAGAUAAAGAGCAGGCUCAACAGAUUCCUCCGGAAAUACUUCUGAAGCUGAUACUCAGCAUGCUGUAUGCCUGGAAUGACCCUCUGUACCAACUGGUGACUGAGGUGGGGGGUAUGCAAGAAGCCCCUGAUGCCAUGCUAUCAAGAGCCAAAGAGAUUGAGAUACAAAACAGACGACUCCUAGAGGGAAUUGAGAAGAUAGUGGGCCAGGUCCAUCCUGGAGUCAAAGAAAAUGAUGUCUUCUCUGUCUGGUCGCAACUUCCAUCCCUGCAGGCAGCUGAUGAAGAUUCUCGCCUUUUUGCUUUCUACAACCUGCUCCACUGCCUGCGCAGGGAUUCACACAAAGUUGACAAUUAUCUCAAACUCCUGAAGUGCCGGAUCAUCUACGACAACAACUGCUGA